AAAAACAUCGUCGGCGCAUUGAAGAACAAACCUCAGAGAAGACAACAAAUAAUAAAUUGGAAACAAUUUUAUUUAGUGACUGUAAUUACAUCGAGUAUAAAUAUAAUUAAAACUAAAGCUCUUUUUGUGUGCUAUUUAUUUUCAUUAAAAAGGAAAACAACCAAAGAUAAUAAACAGAUUUAUCAAACAAUUCCCAACAACAAUGGCUCAACAACCUGUUGCUUUAUUAACCCGCAAGGAGACUUUCAGUGCUUGCCAUCGUUUACACAGUAAACAUUUAAGUGAUGCUGAAAAUGCUGAAAUCUACGGUAAAUGCAAUAAUCCCAAUGGCCAUGGACACAACUAUACGGUUGAAGUAACUGUACGAGGUCCCAUAGACAUACGUACCGGUAUGAUAAUGAAUAUAACAGAUCUUAAAUUGGCCAUGGAUGGUGUUAUUUUCAAGCAAUUAGAUCAUAAAAACUUAGACAAAGAUGUGGAAUAUUUUAAAGAUGUGCCUAGUACAACAGAAAAUUUAACCGUAUUCAUAUGGGAGAAUGUACGUCAGGCGCUUAAGCGACCCGAACUCUUGUUUGAGGUGAAAAUUUAUGAAACUGAUAAAAAUUCGGUUACCUAUCGUGGACCUUAUAUACAAAAUGGUCAAUAUUUUAGUAAUAAACGUUCACCUAAAACUAGUUGCAAUAAUAUUUCUUCUGAUUCUGAUUAAAUAUUAAGGAUAAAGAAAUAUAAAAUCUAUUGAUAUUGGAUUUUUUUUUCUUUAACAUUUUGUUGAUAUUAUAUUGAUAUACAGGACUAUUAAACAGCUAUAUUUACUUACAUACAUACACACAUA